GCACAAAGGAGACAUAUAUCGCUGUCCACUCUCAUAAUCACGCCAUGAUGGCUGGGACGAUUAGCACAGCUGUGAUAUGGCUGUGUGUGGCCUUUGUAUUCUUCACCUCUGAGAUCCAAGGAUCAACAAAUGAUACCUGUUCUUCUGCGGGCUGGUCUUUCGAACAACUCUCUGCUAAGCUAAAGGGCGCAGAAGAAUGCUUGGAGGUACUGGCUGGGCAGUGGGCAGAUAAUCAGACAGCAUCCAUACUGGAUUCUCUGCGAAGACUGACUGACAUUUUACAGAAACAGCAAAAAACAGUGUGUAAGGAUGCACCGCCAGCAGAAUGCCCUGCUCCUGUGGCGCAAAGCAAAGGCGGACUGGUGUGUGUCUCCACAGAGGAGAAGCGCUACUGCAAACCCAUGUGCAAUGAGGGAUACGAUUUCUCUUUCCUGAGGCGAUCUCGAAUCUAUGAGGAGUGCAGCAGAGCCAACAAACACAAAUGGACAACACAUUAUGUAGGAGGAAACAAACUGGCAGUCUGUAACAAGUCCAAUGUUCAGAUCUCUGGAGCAGCCUCUGCGUAUUUCCCAAAAGAUCAGGACUGUCUGAGGACCAAGAGUGACAUUCAGCUGGAGACUCAGGUCAUAGAGACCUUUCUCCAGGAACUGAGGGAAAGCGGCAUGACUGGUCCCUAUUCACACGCCUGUCUAAUCUGUGGAUAAUAAUCCAAACAAGCUCUUUUCUCAUGUUACUCUAAAAUGUGUAAAUUGUUUUGUUAUUUUUGUAUCUCACAAUAAAUACCUAAAUAUACUGA